UCAUAUCCACUAGCUACAUCUGUUGCCAAGUUAAUUUCAGUCCUAAUGGGGUUUCAUCUCCCACUCAUCUUUGCUUUUCUCAGUCUAGCAGCACUGGCACUGGCAAACCAUGCUGCUCAACCAGCACCUCAACUUUACUGGAACUCCGUCCUGCCAAACACACAGAUGCCAAGAGCUAUCAGUGAACUUCUUCAUCCUGGUUUGUACUCCACAAAUGAAGAAAAGAGCACAAAUAUCAUGAAUGCUGUUGGGAAUGGAAAGCCAACUGACCACAAGGUCAAGCCUGAUGAUAUAUUCGUGCAAGAAAGCAGAAUCAACUAUGGAGGUCCUUCUCCGUCUGACAAGCCUGAUGAUAUAUUCUUGCCAGCAACCAGAAUCAUCUAUGGUCCUCCUCCAUCUGACAAUCAACUCCAUUAUAAAAACGUAGCUAUUUUCUUCUUGGAGAAGGACAUGCGCCCUGGCGCAACAAUGAACUUCCAAUUCCCUAGAAAUUCAAACACGGCUACUUUCCUGCCACGCGAAAGUGCUCAAUCGAUCCCCUUCUCCUCUAACAAACUAUCAGAAAUUUUCAACCAUUUUUCAGUGAAGCCAACAUCUGUGGAAGCCAAAACAAUUAAGAAAACAAUCGAAGAGUGUGAAGCUCCAGGCAUUAAGGGAGAGGAAAAAUAUUGCGCCACAUCUUUAGAAUCAAUGGUUGAUUUUAGCACUUCGAAGCUUAGAACAAGAAACGUUCAAGCAAUCCCGACGGAGGUAUUGGAAAAAGGAGCCACCAUGUCCAUGCACAAGUAUACAACAAUGCCGGGACUGAAGAAGUUGGCAGGUGACAAAGUCGUUGUGUGUCAUAAGCAGAACUAUCCCUAUGCUGUGUUUUUCUGCCAUGCAAUAAAACAAACAGCAGCUUAUGUUCUCUCCCUGAAAGGCGAUGAUGGGGAGAAGGUUAAAGCAGUAACCAUCUGCCAUCUAGACACAUCAGAAUGGAACCCAAAGCAUUUGGCCUUCCAAAUCCUCAAAGUUAAGCCCGGAACCAUUCCCAUCUGCCAUUUCCUUCCCACUGAUCAGAUUGUCUGGGUUCCGAACCACAAAACUGCAUGAUCAUCACUUAGCACCGUACGUAUAAUAAGCUUGCAACCCUGUAUAAUUAUCUCCCUACUUAUUUCU